AUGCGUUUGCUCUCAAUUCUCGGAGUAGCCGCUGUCUCCAUAUCUGGGGCAUCGGCCGCGUUAGCAGUUGAAGGAGAGCCAGAUGUCAACUCGACUUUGGUGCAAGAGCAUCUCAAAAACCGAGAGAAGCUGAUUGCAUUAGAAAAGACGCAUCGACAGGAUCACAUCUUCCGGCAGAGCCUUUCUCCAACUGCAAAGCGCGCAGAUGAGAUCGUUCAAGCAAUUCGCCAGUAUGAAAUCGACAAUUACUGGCGGGUGGCUGCCACACCCGAUGGUCAGGUCGAUGAGCGAUUCGCAGGAGAACCGUUCCCCCUUGCCCGACCAUUGAUCGGCAAUACAACUCUCUGGAGCGUUGUGAAACGUAUGCCAAAGGGAGCUCUCUUGCACGCCCAUCUGUCGGCGAUGCUGCCAUACGAGAAAUUGCUGGAGAUUAUUAUCCAGACUGAAGGCAUGGAAAUUUCUGUUGACCAGCCUGUUGACACCCAAGAAGCCAAGAUGAAUGCCACCAUCAAUUUCUCACAUAACAACGGCACGGUCACAACCGAGGAGAAGAAGAUUGACUCCGCUGAUUACACCCCGAACACGCAAAUCCCGAUAAAGACUGCCGUUGACAGCUUUGAUGGUGGCGAAGCGGGCUUCAUCGAAUUCAUCAAGAACAAGACAACCAUUCCACCAGAGGUGUCUAUCCGUCAUGAGCUCGGUGUCGAUGAGAUUUGGAGACGUUUCCAAGCAUGCUUUGGCCCCACUGAUACAAUGAUCCAGUACGAGCCUGUCGUGAGGAAGUUCUAUCAGAGACUCUUCGAGGAUCUCGCCAACGAUGGUAUCAACUGGGUGGAGAUCCGAAGUGGUGGCUCUAGUGGCAAGCUCGUCCAUGAUGGCGACGAAGAAAUCGAUCCCGAUCUCGAUGCUUGGUGGUAUGUCUUGGUGGAGGAGAUCGAGAACUUCAAGGCCACCGAGGCUGGUAAGAAGUUCCUGGGCGCCAGGAUUAUCUGGUCUGAUGCACGCGGAAAGAGCCGCGCUAAGAUCACCAAGAGUAUGAAAAUCGCGCUCCAGAGAAAGCAAAACUUCCCAGAACUCUUCAGUGGUUACGAUCUGCUGGCACAGGAAGAUCUCGGCCGCCCGCUUUCUGAUCUGGCACCAGAGCUUGUUUGGUUCCGCGAACAAACCGAAGUUUUGAAUCUCACUAUUCCGUACUUCUUCCAUGCGGGAGAAACUCUGGGAGAUGGAAACUCGACAGACGACAACCUGUUUGACGCACUCUUGUUUAACACACGACGAAUCGGCCAUGGAUUCUCUAUUUAUAAACACCCGAACUUGAUUAAUCAAGCGAUCGAGCAAAAUGUGCUGAUUGAAGUGUGCCCUAUCUCAAACGAAGUGCUUCGUUUGAACGAGGAUAUUCUCCACCAUCCUUUGCCGGCAAUGAUUGCUCAUGGUAUUCCAACCGCCAUCAGCAACGAUGAUCCAGCCAUGCUGGGACAGGAUGUGGCGGGUUUGAGUUAUGACUUCUAUGAAGCUAUUCAAGCUUUCGAUAAUCUCGGGCUUGCUGGCCUGGGCUCGUUGGCACAGAACAGUUUGCGCUGGUCAAACUUUGAAGAUCAAUCCGACAAGGAUUGGAUUCAAGAUAUCGAUCGUGGCGCUGAUGGUACUAGUACCAAGGCUAAGCACAUCCAGGCUUGGAACCAGGACUGGGAGGAUUUCUGCAAGUGGAUCGUAGACGAAUACGGCUCGCAGUAUCCAGCCGAAGAGACUUUGUGA